UUAUCAAAGAACGCGGCAUUAACGGUUUUGGUGUUGCUUCUAAGUGUUGUUGAUUUUAAAUCGUUUUUAAAUCAAGUCUAAUAAAUGAAAAAGUCUAGAAAAAGUGGAUCCGGAGGAUCCUCUAUUCUCAAAGUAGCACUUAGACCACAUUCAGGUCCUAAUAUUUCCUUAAGUUCAGAAAGUCCAGCCACAUCGAAAGUUAAACGACGGGUUAGUUUUGCAGAAAAGAAUCAUGUUAAAGAAUUUUUAUCUGCGGAACAAGGAACUUUAUGGAACAAUACGUAUGAAGAAUUAUCAAAUAUAAAUACAGGACAAAUUGGUAUAAAUAAUCAGAAUCAUGAAAUUGUUAAGAAUACUUAUCAUUCUACAAGUAAUAGUAUGAUAGAGAAUGAAAAUGGGAAUCCAACGAAUGAUUCCUUAGAAUUAACAGAGUGUUUUGUUACACCGGGUUCCUUUAAAUCAAUUCAUACAGGAGAAAUAUUAUUAAACAAAUCAAUAUCUUUAGGACGUCAAAAUGAAAAUGACGAUGAAAAGAUUAGUAUUUCAAUUGAAUCAAAUCGUAACAUAGAUAUUUGUGCGCAUAAAAGUAUAAAUGUUUACUAUGAUACACCAAAUCUUCAUAUCAUGGAAGAUCCAGAUUUGAACAAAACUUGCAUCGAAGAUGUACCUAUGGAGAUUACAGAAAUACCUUCUGUUAUUAAGCUUCCAAACGUGUCUACUAAGCGCAAACUAGAACAAGAAGAUAAAGAAAACAUACCAAUAUCUGAUAUUAUCAUGAAAUCUAAUGUUCCAUCAAUUACAACAAAUGAAAUGAAUGCGAUGUCAGAUAAAACACAAUAUUUUUGUAAGGAAAAUUUAGAAUUUACAGAAUGCUUACAGUCUAUAAAAGAACCACUUCAUUUGCAACAAAAAUUUAAUAAAAUAAGUGCCUUUACUAAUAAUGAGAAUGUGACUAAUAAUCAAACUCAAAUAUUUAAAAAUGUAUCAAUGGAAAUGACGUGUGCUAUUCCAACGGUUUGUAAAACAAAUUCUGCAAAUCAUGGAGUCGUUUUUCAUGAUGCUUUGAUGGAUGAUACAAGCGUAAUUACUUCAGUAAUUAAUAAAAAAGAGAAAUCAAUUAGUAAAGAUAUAUCUCAAAUUGAAAAUGAUACUAGAUUUUUAAAGAAAAUGUUUAAUUCUGUUAAUAAGACUAAGUUAAUGGAUGCUUCGAUGGAAAUUACAGAAGGGGUUUAUUCAUUACCUCAUUCAACAAGAGUUAAUGAUGGUACGAAUAUUGCGACUGCUUUCAAUUGUAGUAGCUCCGCCAUAAAAGAAAAAACAAUGUUAAUUGAUGAUUUGAUGGAAUUCACUAUACCCGUAACCAAUUUAUCUCGAGUAGUACAUAAUACAGGUAAAGAAGAAUUACUCCAAGUUAUUCCUGCCAUAAAUGAUAGGACAGAGUUAAACAAUGAUUCUCUAGAAUUUACUGUACCCAUAAACAAUUUAUCUCGAGUAGUACAUAAUAUAGAUAGGAAAGAAGAAUUACUCCGAAUUACUCCCGCCAUAAAUGAUAGGACAAAGUUAAGCAAUGAUUCUCUAGAAUUCACUGUACCCGUAAAUAAUUUAUCUCGAGUAGUAAAUAAUACAGGUAAAGAAGAAUUACUCCGAGUCACUCCUGUCAUAAGUGAUAAGACAGAGUUAAACAAUGAUUCACUGGAAUUGACUGUACCUGUGCAAAAUUUAUCUCGAGUAGUACAUAAUAUAGGUAAAGAAGAAUUACUCCAAGUUACAGAGAUAAUUGAAAGUACAAUGUGUAAUCAAAUUCGAUUAUCAUCAGAGAAAGAAGCUGGUAUUAUUGAAAAUGAGCUAUCUGAAAAUAAUUCUAUGAAUAUUAAUAUACCUGUAUAUUUUAAUCCAACUUCUUCUACUAUUACUUCCAAUACAAUUGUUAAUGCUACAAUACAAAAUAAUAGCACAUUUAAACAUACUAUAAAUGAAAAUGGAAAUUCUAGUUUAUUACAAAGUGAAAAUAGAAACGUAGAAAAUCAAGUUUCAAACACAAAUGAAAAAUUAGAAAAAAAUGAUUGCUUAUUAGAUUCUGUGCAUAGAAUAACAAGAGAUCAUUCAAUGGCUGAAGUUAAAAAACAAACUAAUAUUCACUUUAACAAUAGCAACGAUAAUAUAAAGAAAUCUGUGCAUCAAAGAAUGAAUUAUACAUUAAGUCCUUCUACAAUGUAUUAUAAUGACGAUCAAAAACAAAAAGAAAAUAUCACCGCACAUAAUCAUCACACUCUAACUUCAUUAAUAUCAUCUUUCGUAUACGCAGAUAUGAUAGAAGAUGAUUCAUUUGUAAAAACGAUACAUAAAGUCCAGCAAGAAACACAAUCGAGUGAAAAUGUUAUGGAUGUGAAUUCAGUAAUUGAUAUGGUUAAUGUACAACCAAUGCGUAUACAAUGUCCCGAAAUAUGUAUCACCAACGGUGAACAGAUAGUGCAACAAUCUAAAAAUAAUCUUGAAUGUUAUUUCGAAAAUAAUAAUAUCCAAGUAGAUAAUGUAAUGAUUAACAAAGAAAAGAAUAAUCAAUACAGUUCAGAUAAAAUUUCAACUAUAAUUAAUGAGAUUCAUGAAAAUCAUGAAAAUGUUUUUGAAAAUAAACUUAACAAUGAAAGACUUACUAAUACUUCUAUAGAAUUAGAAAUUACUCAUAGAGAUAAACAAUUAGAUAAAAAAGACAAAAAUAUUGAAAACGUUUCAGCGGCAUGUAUAAUAAAGUCUAAGAAAAAUUCAGCCAUGGAUAUAAGUGAAUGUGCUAAUGCUCAUAGUAGCAACAAUCAGAUUCUUUAUAGAUCACGUGUUUUUUCACCAACAUUAAUUUCUGCUUACAAUCAAAAUAAAACGUGUAUUGGAGAAAAUAAUAUUACCCCAAUAGCUGACAAAAAAGACUUAACAUGCAGCAUGGAUAUAACACAAAAUAAUGAUAACUCUUUGAGAGAAGAAGUUGCAUUGGAAAAAAACACUAAAGAAAAUUCCAGUUUUCAAGAGGAUAAAUUUUCUUUACUAGUAAACAAAUUAAAGAACCAUAUGCUUAGUGACGAUUGCAUAUGGGAUUUAUAUUAUGAGAAUAUAGAUAAACAAGUGAUAGUGGUUGGUUUUAUUUCUACAUCUCUACUGAUAAUAAUAUAUACUCAGAAUAAUAUCAAUACUGACACGUGCAUGAUCAAAGAUAUUAAAGUAAUUUCACGAGUAGAAAAUGAUGAAAAUUUGUUCUUAAGUAUUGCACAUAAAUUAAUAAUUGAGAAAAUAAACAUAGAAUAUAUUUGUCAAUCAUAUAUAUACGAAGAAGAUAUUAUUCCCUUGUUAAAUCAUAUUUCAGAAGAUGUGAAAUUAAUAUUAGAUUUUAUAUUUGAUCUAAAACAAUUAGAAGAUACAAAUUUAAUGGAAAUAAAUACAGAAAGCAUAACAUUUAUAUCAAGAAGUAAAUGCAUGGAAAUUAUAUUGAAAAUUACAAUGGAUAUUAAAUUAUUUGAUAAAAUAAAUUCAUCACACAUCAAGAUCGUUUCUAUUUUGGGUACUGUAAUAGAGAAAGAAAUCCAAGAGUUACUUGUAAAUGUGAAAAGAGAUCAUAAAUUUUUAAGAAGAUACAUGUCUGAUAUUAAGGAUUAUAUUGAUAUAAUAGAACAAGUUAAUUUUGCAAAAAAAAAGUGUCGUAGUUGAAUUACAGAAAGAAAAAAAAGGAAAGGAAAUUAUCCCUCAUAAGAGAUUUAAAUGAUUGAAGUGUAAAAUAUUUAUAGAUGGAUCGAACAUAUGUACAAACGUAAAAGAUUUAUAUGUUUAACAGUAUAUGGAAAUAAUUGUAUAUUUUUUAAAUGAAUUUCUUUAUAAUAAUACUAUAAUUAUAUUAACUUCUAUUAAUUCGUUGGGAAUUUUUAAUAUUUUAUAUGCAAAAAGAAGUGAGAUAUGUAAACCAUUAGGUAAAAAAAUUAAAUAAUAUUUUUACUAUUCGUUCAAAUAGAUUUAAUAAUAACUAUACAUAAAUUUAUAGCAGAUAUAUACAUACAAACAGGUUGAUCGACUAGCUUCGAUGAAGCCGGUUUGGACUAUGCAGGUUUUUGUUAAUGCACUUGCAGUUCUUUGGGUAGUAGCGUGUGAACAACUGGCUUCCCAUAGAAUCAUUCAAGUUUUCGUUUAAUUCUUAAGAAAUAAUUGUCACAUCGAUACCUUUGAUUAGAAUUAUCGAGAAUGUGCAAUCAAAAAGUUUCAUAUUAUUUAAUUGCCAACGUUUCUUUCAUUUCCUUAUAUUAUUGAUAAUUAA